AUGGAUAGGAGUUGGAUGCAACUUCAUAAUAAAAGGUUACAUCAAUACAUUGAUGGGGUAAAAGAAUUUAUCAUGUUUGCUCGUGAUCAUAUGAAAUCAGGGACGAGUAAGAUUUGGUGUCCGUGUAAUAGAUGCAACAACCGUAUCCAAAAAACCAUAGAUGAAGUUGAAAUUCAUUUGUUUGCAUAUGGGGUUGUCACAACUUACACUAGGUGGGUGUAUCAUGGGGAAGACUUUGAGUUGAAUGACAAUGAUCCCUCGGAAAAUGAAAAUGACGAAUAUUUCAAUGAUGUGACAGAGAAAUCAAAUUCUCCCAAUACUGAGGUGCGAGAAAUUAUUCAUGACAUACAUAGUGGACCAUCUACAUUUGCUUAUACUGGGGAAGCAUCUAGUAGUCAUAAUCCUGACUUGUCUGGUGCUCAUGGUAGUGAAGGAAAUACAUUUGAAAGAUUAAUGAGGGAUGCAGAACAAGAAUUGUAUCCGAAUUGCCAGCAAUAUUCCAAAUUAUCAUUCAUUGUUAAGCUGCUACAUAUAAAGGUGCUCAAUAAAUGGAGCAACAAAUCACUCAUGAUGAUACUAGAACUGUUGAAGGAUGCACUUCCCAUCGGUGAAACACUCUCAUGCUCAUACAAUGAAGUUAAACAAAUACUUCGAGAUUUGGGCCUUGAUUAUCAAAAAAUACAUGUAUGCAAGAACGAUUGUGUACUUUUUUGGAAGGAAUAUGAAAAUGAAGAUAAAUGCCCUACUUGCAAGGAGCCUAGAUACAAAUUUCAUAAAGGUGAAGGUAAAGGUAAAAAGAUCCCUCACAAGGUUUUGCGGUACUUUCCUUUAAAACCAAGGCUACAAAGGUUAUUUAUAUCAAGGAAGACAGCUACUGAUAUGAGGUGGCACAAAGAUAUACGCGUAGAGGAGAAAAAUGUAAUGCGCCAUCCGGCGGACUCUGAAGCAUGGAAAGACUUUGACAAAAAGCAUGAGUCAUUCGCCAAAGAUCCUCGAAAUGUUAGGCUCGGAUUAGCAAGUGACGGCUUCAAUCCAUUUGGGAAUAUGAGUACCUCAUAUAGCAUAUGGCCAGUUUUUAUUGUCCCAUACAAUUUGCCACCCUGGAAAUGCAUGAAAGAUCCAUUUUUUAUGAUGCCUUUGCUUAUUCCUGGGCGUAGAGCUCCUGGAUUUGACAUUUAUGUGUUUUUACGACCGCUAAUAGAUAAGCUAAAUGAGUUAUGGGAGGUAGGGGUAGAGACCUACGAUGCAUCAAGUGGCUCUAAUUUUCAAUUGUGUGCAGCAUUAUUAUGGACUAUUAAUGACUUUCCUGCGUAUGGUAAUUUAUUCGGUUGGAGCACCAAAGGAAAAUUGGCUUGUCCGUCAAGCAAUGAGAAUGCAUCUCACCAAUACUUGCAUCGUUAUAGAAAAACUUGUUACAUAGGACAUCGUCGUUUUUUGCCUCAUGAUCAUUUUUUGCGAACAAGCAAGUCAUUCAAUGGUGAGCCAGAGCUUAGGUUACAACCUAAGUUGUUGUCAGGAGAGGAGGUUUUGGGUUAA